GAGAUCGUCUGAAUGGGACGAGAGAGAGAGAGAGCACAGCGCGGCCGGGAGCGAGCAAGCAACCGGCAAGUUGCAGCGGAGCGAGCAGCCGGGUAAGUUAAUAAACAGCAUUAACUUAAUGCGGCGCGCUCGGGGCGCUCGCAGGCAGGCAGGCAGGUCAAUACCCGCCUCCUCCUAGCAAUAGCACUAGCUAUUUCGUUUUCGUCUCCUCUGCUCGCAUCCGGGCUAGCCAUGCUGGAUCCGCCGCCCCACCACCGCAGCACCAGGUAGCGUCGGCGGGCGGGCGUCGGCGGCGGGAGGCGUCAUGAAGAACUUCCUCAGGAAGCUCCACAUCGGCGACUCCGCCGGCGACGGCGCCUCGUCGCCCGCGCCGCAUGCCCCGCCCUCCUCCCGAAAGGGCGGCGGCGGAGGCGGAGCGGGGGCCCACGGCGAGCCCGCGAAGCACGCCUCCGGAAUCUCCAGCUGGCUCAGCUCCGUAGCUGGGCGCCCGCCGCCUCUUCCGGCUGCGGCGCUGGAGGCGGAGGAGCUGGCGCUGGCGUCCUCGCUCGAGGAGCGGAGGGCGGAGGACGAGGAGGCGGCGCGGCGGGACUCGCGGAACGAGGGCAGGCAGCGGGAGAUCGAGAAGCAGGAGGUGCAGCUGGAGGAGUACCACAUGCAGCUCGCGCUGGAGAUGAGCGCGCGGGAGGACCCCGAGGCGGUGCAGAUCGAGGUGGCCAAGCAGAUCAGCCUCGGCUCAUGCCCGCUCCAGAGCCCCGCGGCAGAGGUCCUCGCCUUCCGAUACUGGAGUUUCAAUGCCCUUAGCUACGACGACAAGAUCUUGGAUGGGUUCUAUGAUGUUUGGGCCAUUGGGGGAAAGCCACCAGUGCCAACCAUACCCUCCCUCGUGGAACUGCAGGAGCAACCUUUUUCGCAUGGAGCUAAAACAGAAGCUGUAUUGGUCAACAGAGCGCAAGACUCUGAGCUUGCGGAACUUGGGCAGAAGGCACUUGUCAUGGCUGCGGACUUUCGCUCACAAACUUCACAGUAUAUUGGCCGUGUUCUGAUUCAGAGACUGGCUAUUCUAGUGGCAAACCACAUGGGUGGACCAGUUUUUGACCCAGAAAAUGUGCUGUUGAAGUACCAGAGUAUGAGCAGUUCGCUGAGAGCUAGUAUAACAAGUGCGGUCAUGCCCCUUGGCCGGCUCACAAUUGGUCUGGCUCGUCACCGGGCGCUGCUUUUUAAGGUGUUGGCCGACAACCUUGAUGUUCCUUGUCGACUAGUUAAAGGAAGGCAGUACACUGGAUCAGAUGACGGAGCCUUGAACAUUGUGAAAUUGAAUGAUGGAAGGGAGUACAUUGUCGAUCUCAUGUCCGAUCCCGGUACUCUUAUUCCUUCAGAUGGUUUAGACUUGGGUAAAGAAUUUGAAGAGAGUUCCUUUGCAGAUAAUCACCACGGUGAUAAAGAUGAUGACAACACUCAGUUGGGGUCUUCUGUUAGUGAAGCUUCAACUCCUGUGUACGGUUCUUUUGAAAACGAGUCAAAAGGAUCCACACCUACCAAUGCUGGGCACUCGGACCCAUAUGGGGCAGUAACUGGACAGAGUCGUAACCAAGGAUCUUUGCAAUCAAGUUCAUAUGGGGAACUAUCAGUUGGCUCACAUGCAAGUGAAAGUUUUCCUGUUAUCCAUGAAUCUAGAAGUACUGACCCUCACCCUACCGGGUCUGUGAAGAACAAAGAAAAGCCGAUUGCAGCAAAUAAGUCAAGUUCACCUUCGUCCUCUGCGGUGGGCAGCUCUCCAGCUGUACGGAGGACAAAGGUGAAAGAUGUCUCAGAGUAUAUGAUUAGUGCUGCAAAAGAUAACCCCCAGUUAGCUGAGAAAAUUCAUGCUGUAUUACUAGAAAAUGGAGUUGUGCCACCGCCUGAUUUGUUUUCAGAAGAAUCUAAGGAACAGCCAAAGGACCUAAUUGUGUAUGACACAUCUCUGUUUCAAACAAAAGGUGAAAUGAUAAAGAGGAUGAAUGAGCUUGAAUCCACAUCACAUGAUGAAGGUCCUUCGUUGCCACCUCAUCCUGUACAUGAACACCAAACAAAGGCUGUUCCAUAUCGGAUGCCUCUGGAUCUUAAACCUGUCCAGGGAAUGGGUCUUUAUCAACCGCCGAAUUUCCAUGAUAACACUAAUCCCUCUUUGCCUCCAUAUGAACCAUCUGCGCUUGCCCGGGAAUAUCCAUUUCAACUUAUAAAGCAAAUGCCUGUUACAGCUGCUGCCGUUGCAACUGCUGCAGUGGUUGCAUCCUCAAUGGUUGUUGCUGCAGCUAAAUCUAACAGUGAUAUUAGACUAGAAGUGCCUGUUGCUGCUGCUGCCACUGCUGCGGCAGUUGUUGCCACAUCCGCUGCUGUUAAGCAAUAUGAAUACUUGGAGCCUGGUUGUCAGUUGUUUAGCUUGCCAAGUUCGUCAGAGGCAAAUGGACCAGUCCAAAGAGUUAGACAUGACUUCUGGAAUAAAGAUCAGCUGGAAAUUGAUCAUGGACAAGAAAAUUCCCUUGAGCAUGGAGAUGCUUUGGUUGAUGUGCCUCACGAAGCUGAAAGGAUUUCUGACAAGUCAAUUGGCACGGAGAGUGUAAGAUCUGAUAUAGCUAUGGAUGAUGUAGCAGAGUUCGAGAUACAAUGGGAAGAAAUUACUCUGGGAGAACGUGUUGGGCUAGGAUCUUUUGGAGAAGUGUAUAGAGGGGAAUGGCAUGGAACAGAAGUUGCAGUCAAGAAAUUUCUGCAACAAGAUAUUUCAAGUGAUAUUCUGGAAGAAUUAAAAGCUGAGGUGCGAAUAAUGAAGCGAUUGCGGCAUCCCAAUGUUGUUCUUUUUAUGGGCGCUGUCACUCGUACACCUAAUCUUUCUAUCUUGACUGAAUUUCUUCCAAGAGGUAGUUUGUUCCGGUUGAUCCGUCGCCCCAACAACCAAUUGGAUGAAAAAAAACGUAUAAGGAUGGCACUUGAUGUGGCCCGCGGUAUGAAUUAUUUGCACAACUGCACCCCUGUAGUAGUUCAUCGAGAUUUGAAGUCUCCAAACCUACUUGUUGACAAGAAUUGGGUAGUCAAGGUUUGUGAUUUUGGUUUAUCACGUAUAAAGCAUGAUACCUUCCUUUCCUCAAGAUCCACAGCUGGAACAGCUGAGUGGAUGGCACCAGAAGUACUUCGAAAUGAACCAUCGGAUGAGAAAUGUGAUGUUUUCAGCUAUGGGGUUAUAUUAUGGGAACUUUGUACUUUGUUACAACCAUGGGAAGGUAUGAAUCCCAUGCAAGUUGUUGGAGCUGUUGGUUUUCAGCAACGGCGUCUUGACAUUCCAGCCGGCGUGGAUCCCACCAUAGCAGAGAUAAUAGAGAAAUGCUGGCAAACAGACCCAAAGGUACGUCCAUCAUUUGCAGAGAUCAUGGUUGCCUUAAAACGGGUAUUGAAAAAUUUGUCUGCCAACCAACCAAGAAAACAGAGAGUACAGCUAACGGAUGAAUAAGGAAAAAAAUUGGAGAUGAAUAUCAGGUGACAACACAAACAAAAACGAAUGCAUUGGUCUCUCCUGCCUUGCAGCAGCUGCCCAUCUGUAACUACACCAUUUUUUGUAUAGCAACAAAUUCGGUGAUGGAAAAGGUGAAAUUUUGGUCGUUUUGCCCUCCAAUUACAGCUGUAAAUUUCCAUUGAAACUGGCAGAGACCUUCACAGCAUUACUGCUUCAGUCCAUUUGUGGGGUGAAAGGGAAUCCAGAUAAACAUAUCCAUCAAGGGAAAGUGAAGGAAAAAAGGAGAGCAAUUCCGAGGAAACUUGCUGCAAAACAAUGAUGUUGGACAAAGCCAUCUGAGCUCACACAUCAGUGUCGGUGUGUCAGGUAGAAUGUGAUCCUCCUUUGUUUGGUCAUGCCUUAUGUCCUCCACCCAAAGCUGGCUGAUUCAUGUUCAAGAUACCCGUUCUAAUGUUAUUCAACAGAAGAUCCUAUUGAUACUUCACCUUGCGCAUCAAGAGGUACCCUGGCAGGACCUUGUGCAUAUCACACCAUGGCAAAUUCGUCAGAAUUGGCGGUUAGACUGCGAAAAAAAAACCUGUUGCUUGUACUAAAAAAAUCAUAACUCUUUACAGGAGCAGUUUUGACUCUUCUAUUUUCUUCCUUUUUCUCAUUUGUCGCUGUAACAAGUGUACAAAAAUAUCGUAUAGAGUAGAGUGCUAAUUGAUUCUUUGCUACUCAUGAACUAUAUGCAUUUACCCAAAGGUGUAGUCCAACAAGUUCCUACACUUCUCUA